UUAUUUAAUAUGUUUAAUUGCAAGUGCUUACUGAAGUAAAGUACAAAUAAAAUGUACAAUAUUUUUAUCACAUACAAGUGGAUAAUAAAUAAUAAUAAUAAUAAUAUAAAAUUGUCAAAAGUACUUGAAAAAAUGUGCAAGAAAUUAUUAUCAACGAAUAGAUAGUGUCAGGUCGAGGAUAAUAUGUGACAUUUGAAAAAAAAAAUGUCACAGCAACGUUAUAUGAAUAUUAAACAUGAAAAAAACUUUAAAUGCAAUGUUGGCCUAAAAGUAAGGACCUGGUACUUGGGUAUCCUAGGUUUCUUGAUCGCUUCGUUAAUAAUAAUAAAUAAUUUUAUUACCAAUCAAUUUAAUAGUAGUAGCAUCGAUCAUUUUGCCAAUGUUUCGAUACAAGAUAAUUUUAUAGAAAGAGAACAACGAAAAAUUAGUAUAGUAACAAAUACAGUGUUGGGAUUUAUUGUUCAUAAACAAGGAUGUCAAAUAGCAGAGCUUGAUCCAUUCAACGAAUUUGCGAAACAUUUUAUGGAAACAGAGAAUCCGUUGGAAUGUGAAUUUGGAAAUCAAUUGCCUCUUGUUGAGUCUAAUGAUACGGCUAUAUUUAUAAAUCCAGAUACUCACAAUCAGUAUUAUAAUGAAACAGAAACCGCCGAUUGUUGUUGGCGGAUUUUCGAACGUAAAAAACAUCAAGAUAAUUUUGUAAAAUAUGAUCCAUUGUGUCAAAAAUUUAAUAGCUCAACAACUAUAACAGCAGAAUUCAUAAAAGUUGAAUGUUUUAAAAAUAGUAAACAAAUAUAUCGUGACUAUCAUUUUUUUGUACCUCGAAAACCUAAUGUUGAAGAAAGAUGCCAUGUUGCUGAAAAAAAACGAAAAGAAGAAAGAAAAAAAGACGAAACGGAAAAAGAUGAUAACAACAAUGAAAAUCAUUUAAGCAUUUUAAUUCUUGGAUUAGAUUCAGUAUCACGAAUGAAUUUUCACCGUAUGAUGCCAAAAACUAUCGAAACUCUUAAGUCAAUGGGUGCCAUUGAAAUGAUGGGUUAUAACAAAAUUGGGGAUAAUACUUAUCCAAAUCUCGUAUCAGUUUUAAGUGGAUUGUCAGAAAAAGAGUUUCGAUCAAAUUGUUGGAACAAUUCAAAAUUACCAUUUGAUAAAUGUCCAUUGAUAUGGAAAAAUUUCAGUAAAUCAGGAUAUCGAACGAUAUUUGCUGAAGAUGCAUGUGCAAUGACAACAUUUAAUUAUCUUAAGCCAGGAUUCCGAAAUCAACCAACAGAUUAUUACUUCCGACCGUAUUGCGUAGCAGCAGAAUCCGAUAUAGGUAAUACGCACAAACUUAAUGCGGAUUUAUGUGUUGGCACACGCAAAACAUUUGAUAAUUUAUUGAACUACACUAAAAAAGUAGUUAAAGAAUUUAAUGGUGAUCGUUAUUUUGCAUUUUUUUGGGAAGCUAGUUUGACUCAUGAUUUUUUUAACUACCCGCAAUUGGGUGAUCUUCCUUACAGCGAAUCAAUUAGUUAUCUAAAUAAUCAAGGUUUCCUUAAUAAUACGGCACUUAUCGUAAUGAGUGAUCAUGGAAUGCGAUGGGGUGAAUUUCGACAGACUUAUCAAGGAAGAAUUGAAGGUAGUCUUCCUCUAAUGUUUAUUAUUUUACCAGAAUGGUGGAAGAAAAAAUUUCCAUUAGCAGUAAAUAAUUUACAACAAAAUACUGUCAGUUUAACUACUCCGUAUGAUUUUCAUGAAACACUAAUGGAUUUUUUGUACCCCGAAAAUCUAACCAAUCAAUUUAUUGUUAGCCGUAUUAAAAAUAUGCUAAAUGAUAAAAAUAAUUCAUCAUUUCCACGUGGUAUAAGUUGGUUUUUAACAAUACCUGAUGAACGUAAUUGCUCAACGGCGGGAAUACCUGGACAUUGGUGUAUGUGUCAUAAAAGUACUAAUAUCUCACACGAUGAUUCUGCUGUAAAGAAUGCUACUGAUUUCAUAAUCAAUGAAUUAAAUACAAUGAUUAAAAAGUAUCCACAGUGCUCAUUAUUGAAGUUAAGUAAAGUUAUUGAUGCUAAAGUAUGGAGUGCUCAUGGUGAAGAAAAAGACAAAGAUGAAGAGAGAUCGCUAGUACCAUGGAUUGAUUAUACAAUAGCUAUUAAAACCAUACCGAGCAAUGCAAUAUUUGAGGCAACAGUGAGACACGAUAAUACGGGUAAUAGUACGAUAGUGGGUUCUAUUGGCAGACUCAAUUCAUACGGUAAACAAAGUACUUGUGUUGAUGAUUUUAACAUGCGGUUAUACUGUUACUGCGGUUAAGAAAUUCAAUUUUUUUAACUCUACACAUCAUUCAAAUUCAAUGGAUAUAUUUUAUAGUAUCGUUACUAUUCAUUAUUAUACUUAUUGAAUCGUUUAGAAAAAUUUAUUUUUUAAUCUAUGUCUGAUAUUCAAUUUCAUUCAAUUAUUUAUUUAUUUAUUUAUGCAAUUACUUAACAAUCUAUUAUUUUCAACGCUGUUAAUAUUUAUUUUUAUUCAAUCAUAUUCAUACUUGGUUAAAUUAAAAAAAUAGAAGACACAAUAAUGUAAUAGUAUGGUUUCAAGAGGACUAUUUAAUUUAUUAUGAUUAUUACAUCAUAAUCCACUACAGAUAGAAAUAUUUUCUAUAAACUUGAUCGACUUUAAUUGGUGCUAUUUCCACAGUUGAAUUUUCUUUAUAAUUACCACGAUAAAAUCAAUUUUUUUUAUUGUUAGUUUUUAAAAUAUCUCAGUUGAAAAUAUUAAAAUUUUUACCAGUUGCAUGACGAUAUGACGCAAAAAAUUCUUAAAUA